CCCCACAUCAACGGAAACAAUGCAGCAAAAUAACAGUGUGACUGAGUUCAUACUGAUAGGGUUAACACAGGAUCCUGCAAGGCAGAAAAUGGUGUUUUUAAUCUUCUUAAUUUUCUAUGUCGGAACUAUGGUGGGGAAUAUUCUCAUUAUUGUUACCAUCAAAUCCAGCCGGACACUAGGAAGCCCCAUGUACUUCUUUCUGUUUUAUUUGUCCUUUGCUGAUUCCUGCUUUUCAACUUCCACAGCCCCUAGACUAAUUGUGGAUGCUCUCUCUGCAAAGAAAAUUAUAUCAUACAAUGAGUGCAUGACACAAGUCUUUGCACUACAUUUAUUUGGCUGCAUGGAAAUCUUUGUCCUCAUCCUCAUGGCUGUUGAUCGCUAUGUGGCUAUCUGUAAGCCCUUGCGUUACCCAACCAUCAUGAGCCGGCGGGUCUGCAUCAUCCUGAUUGUUCUUGCAUGGAUAGGGUCUUUUAUACAUUCUACAGCUCAGAUUAUCCUGGCCUUGAGAUUGCCUUUCUGUGGACCCAAUUUGAUUGAUCAUUAUUGCUGUGAUUUGCAGCCCUUGUUGAAACUCGCCUGCAUGGAUACUUACUUGAUCAACCUGCUAUUGGUAUCUAACAGUGGGGCAAUUUGCUCAAGUAGUUUCAUAAUUUUGAUGAUUUCAUACAUUGUCAUCUUACAUUCACUGCGAAACCACAGUGCAGAAGGGAGGAAAAAAGCUCUCUCCACUUGCACUUCUCAUAUCAUUGUAGUCAUCUUAUUUUUCGGCCCAUGCAUAUUCAUAUAUACACGUCCCCCCACUACUUUCCCUAUGGAUAAGAUGGUGGCAGUAUUCUACACGAUUGGGACACCCUUUCUCAACCCACUGAUCUACACACUGAGGAAUGCAGAAGUAAAAAAUGCCAUGAAAAAGUUAUGGCACAUCAAAAUUAUUUCAGAGAGCAAAGAAUGAAUUGAGGGCCUGACCUGAUUAUUUAUCCAGUCAUGAUUUGACUAAGUACAGAUAUCAAAGAUGAUAGUGU